AAAGCCAGAUCGAUUUCUUUGGAUGAAUUUCUUCCUAGAAUUCCUAGCCGCUCUAACCGUCUCUUAUUUAUUGUAAAUUGGUGCCGUCUCUUAUAUAAAUAACAAAAAAAAUUCAUUAUUGCUGCCGCGAGUGUGGUGGCUAGGGUUUCUUGCACAGAGAAAGAGAGAGAUGGAUCGCGAUGUUUCUGUCCCUUCCUUGGAUCCUUCUCUUCCGCAGCUAUCCGAGGGCCGGAUACCGAGCCGCAGGAGGAGAUUUUCACUGUUGAGGGGCGAAUUACUUUUCCGCUACACUUCAUCAUUGUAUAAGAGUGAUGGCUUUGAUAUGGUCAGUCUGGCGAGCCUGAAGGGCCAGUCUGGCACCAUGCCUCAUGGUAUAAUUUCACCACUCAGUCCCAAAUGCAAAUAUUCGCGCGCCAUAUGCAAAACGGUUUCGAUGCGCGCAAUCGAUGAAUACCAAAGGCGUAGACAACUAAGAACUUUCUUCAAGCCUCAAAUGCCUCCUCAGCUGGAGUUUGUGAAGGUAGUGAAAGCAAUGUCUCAGUCUUGUGAUAUACAAAGGUAUUUUGUAACCUUUGAGGCCAAGGAUCAUGCUGAUGGAGGCAAGACUAAGACCUUUCGUACCAUUGCGCGUUGGAGGCCCCCCUUAGAUGAUCAUAAUUUUGAUCUGUUGUAUGUCAGGGAGUAUAAGGAGAAAGCAGAUAAAGGGGAUCAAGUUAUUCAUAUUUCCACUGCUAGUGAACUGGAAACACAGUUGAAUGCUGCUUCAAGGACAUCUCGCCUGGCAAUCCUGUACUUCUCUGAUCAUCGCUGCCGUUUGUAUUCUCUUCUUUACACAAGCUUAACUGCAAAGUACCCGAAAGUUGUUUUCUUGCAAGUAGACAUAGUUGAGGGUGGCCCUCAGGCCGGGGGCCUGGCUGCUGACUGGGGUGUUAGGAGGUGUCCGCACUUUAUCUUUUUCAAACGUGGCAAGGAGGUGGACAAGUUUGGUGCAAUAUCCUCAGAUGGACUUAGAAGUAUGAUUGCACAGCACUUGCAUAGACGACGCAAGCGGGUUGUAUGAGAAGAUUUUUCAGCAGUGACAUAUGCAUAUGGAGAGUUUAAGGAGAUUUUAGGAGGUUAGGAGGUUUUUGCACUUUAUCUUUUUCAAACAUGGCAGGGAGGUGGAUAAGUUUGCGGCGGCAUCCUCAAUUGGACUUAGAAGGGAGAUUGCGCAGCACUUGCGUAGACAACGCAAGCGGGUUGUAUGAGAAGAUUUUUCAGCAGUGACAUAUGCAUAUGGAGAGUUUAAGGAGAUUUUAGGAGGUUAGGAGGUUUCUGCUCUUUAUCUUUUUCAAACGUGGCAAGGAGGUGGACAAGUUUGCUGCGGCAUCCUCAAUUGGACUUAGAAGGAAGAUUGCACAGCACUUGCGUAGACGACGCAAGCGGGUCGUAUGAGAAGAUUUUCCAGCAGCGACAUAUGCAUAUGGAGAGUUUUAAGGAGAUUUUUGGAAAUAUGUAAUACCCUUGAGCUACUCAUGAGAAAAAAAAGGAAAUAUGUAUUUACCUAAGCCUAGACAGAAGAAUAGUUGUACUCAUUGGAAUGUUGACCUACUACUGAUGCUUAUUUAGUGAAUCGUAUUAGCAAGUCCUUUAUAUCUCUGUGUGGAUAAUUGCUAUAUAUAUAGCACCUUUUCUGUUGUAAUUAAGAUGCAUUGAGCUUUUGCCAAUUAAAGUUUAUACUACUAUUAUGAUAUUUAAUUUCAA